CCCCCACCACCGCGCGCCCGCAACAAUGAAGGUCCUAACCCUCAACUUCCUCACCUGCGCCGUCAAGGCCUGCAAGUCCUCCUCCGCCUCCUUCCCACUACACCCCAAGGACGCCGAGCUUGUCUCCGAGGACCUGCCUACGAACGCGAAGCUGCUGGCGAACUUGCUGCCGAGACUGGAUUGGGAGGCGCUUUCUACUAUCUCUGCUGAGCUUGGACUCCCCGCCCUUCCACCCACCGCCCCGGCGCCGGAGGACCUCGCUACCGAUGAGCAGCUGCUGAAGGACUUGCAUGUCCUGUUGAUGGAGACGCAGAUUAGCGCUGGAAAGCUGGUAUGCGCGAACUGUGGACACGAGUACGUCGUUAGGGAAGGUGUUGCGAACUUCCUGCUGCCGGAUCACUUGGUUUAAGGGGCGAUGCGAAGACAGGGAGGGGUAGAUAGAAAGAGAAAAAGGGCGGCGUUGGGCGUUGGGGUGGACUUUCGUGAAUGCAUGCAUAACUUGGGAGGAUGAUAGAGAAUGGGGUUGGUUGUAUGCCGAAUACCAGGAGAAGAAAGCGUAUAGAUCAAAAAUCACAUCAAACAUAUCAGAAACGAGCAAUCACAAGGGACGAGAACAAAGAUCAUGUUCUACAAUGCCU